AUGAGCGGCAGCUCGAAUCAGUCCACUCGAACGAGUCCCGGCUCUUUCGGAACAACUCAGCGCACAGAGUCCGUAUCUUCUGGUUCUUCGCCGACACAACAGACCCUCUCCCAAGCGCCCGCGACGGCUCAGCAUGCGAUGUCCACCGACGUGUAUAGCCCGACUGUCUCGCAAGCGCCAACAUCUUUAGGCCCUACUUUUACCUACCCCUUUUCUUCGCCUCUCGGUCCUUCUUCCUCCUUUGAUAGCGGAAUGCGCCUCGGGGAUACCGAUCGCAACCUCCAGGGCCUAAAUGGCCUGGGGCGCGCGUCCAGUGGUGGAAUGAUCUUGAUGCGCAAAUUGCCCAGGAAUACUAGCCGUGAAGCUCUUCGCAGUAUGCUGCUUUUCGCUAAGGACUUUGUGGAUGCCGAUUUCGUGACUUCAGAUCUCCCUGAAGAUGAUGGAUUUUUGAGUGCGAUCGCGCGCUUCAACACUUUGCCCGCAGCUGAAGAGGCCCGUGCUCUCCUGGAUGGCAAGCCCAACUCUAAGAACGAUGCGAACAUGGUGGUUGAGAUGUACCCUGGCCCUGUCGGAUCCAACCUCUCGAAUGCGCGUCGAAACACGAUCGAUCAUACCGCGACGCGUGGCUUGCUUGGUGGUGUCCCCUCGAACGGUCCUUUGUCGCGUCAAUCAUCCCGGUUCAAUGGAACUUUCCAGAGUUUGGAGAGACUGUCAGCUACAAACCCAUCUGCGGUGAUCGGUGAAGGGUUGCCUUCAGCAUCGGAGUCUGGGUCGCGUCUCCACAACCUAUUCUCACCACAAUCCCCGAUCGGAAACGGUGUUGGCGAUUUGCCACGCAUCACUGGAAAGUCGAUGAUCGAUGAGGAUCCUGAUGAGGAGACUGGAGAAUUGCUGAAGGACCCUAUCCCAACUGGUCGUUUCGGUAGCCUUUCUCUUUCGACCAAUAUGUCGCCUCCUUUACCUAAUUACGCUUCUGGUGGUCCCGGUCCCCGUAUGAGUGGAAGCGGCCCAUCAUCUGCCUACUCUAAUAAUGUGAAUCACGGCCAUGGCUACCCCUAUGGUAGUCAACACACGCCUCGCCAUAGCUUGCCAGCUGCCAACCCUAAUGACCUCAACCCACCUUGCAAUACGCUAUACGUUGGAAAUUUGCCGCCCGACACUUCGGAAGAGGAGCUCAAGGCCCUGUUUUCCAAGCAGCGCGGUUACAAGCGACUCUGCUUCCGCAACAAGCAGAAUGGACCAAUGUGUUUUGUGGAAUUUGAUGAAGUCGCGAUGGCGAGCAAGGCCCUUAACGAACUAUACGGUUACAAAUUGUCCAACAGUGUCAAAACUGGCAUUCGUCUCAGUUUCUCUAAAAAUCCUCUUGGUGUGCGCUCUGGUCAACCUGGCAGUAUGACUUCUACCAACCCACUUUCCGGCCCCGGUGGAGUUCCUGGAGGCAGCAGUCUAGGUGGCAUGCCGAGUCAUAUGUUUUCUUCGGUGACUGGACCUCCCCCAGGCCUCGCAGCACCACCGGGUCUUGCCAUGCCCAUGCCGAUGCGCAAUGGCAACAACAUCCACGGCCAGGGAAAUGCCCACCCCAUGAUGAACAACUCUCAGUUCAGCCAUAACUCCGGUCUAGGAAUACGAGCCAAUGGAGCUAAUUCAAUGAUGAUGUCUCCACCUCCUGGGAACGCGGCCACCAAUAAUGCAGGCCCAAACAUGAAUGGCUUCAAUUCCUUCUACCCUGACUACAUGAUGGGUCGUUAA